AUGGACUGUCAUGUCCAGGAGUUGUUCCAUGAGGAUGCUCAGGGUCACCAGAGGCAGGUUCAGCCGUGGUGGAAGGUGAAACUGUUUGUUUGGGAACCUGUGCUCUUUGGAACCUGGGAUGGUGUCUUCACCACCUGCAUGAUCAAUAUUUUUGGUGUGGUGCUAUUCCUUCGUACUGGAUGGCUUGUGGGUAACACUGGUGUUUUGCUAGGCAUGUUACUAGUGUCACUGGUGGUGCUGGUUGCCCUGGUGACAGUGAUGUCUGGCAUUGGAGUGUGUGAGCGUUGCAGCGUUGGCAGUGGAGGGGUGUAUGCCAUGAUCUCCACGGUGCUGGGGGGGAGGAUUGGAGGCACUGUGGGACUCCUGUAUGUUUUUGGCCAGUGUGUUGCUGGAGCCAUGUACAUCACGGGUUUUGCUGAGUCCAUAGCUCAGGUUCUGAGCCUGCAGAGUGUGUGGGCGGUUCGUGGCAUCUCCGUGGCGGUGCUGCUGGCUCUCCUCGGCAUCAACCUGGCCGGGGUCAAAUGGAUCGUCCGUCUUCAGCUGGUGCUGCUGGCGGUGCUGGCCGUCUCUACGCUGGAUUUUGUUGUCGGAACCUUCUCUCAUUUGGAUCCAGGGCAUGGAUUUGUUGGGUAUUCGGAGGAACUGCUGCGUAAGAACACGUUACCAGACUACACGACCGGAGAAUCCUUCUUCACGGUGUUUGGCGUUUUCUUUCCUGCUGCAACAGGUGUGAUGGCUGGCUUCAACAUGAGCUCAGAUCUCCAGAAGCCCGAACACAAUAUCCCAGUGGGAACUCUGGCCGCCAUCUGCACCUCAUGGUUCCUCUACUUGGUCUUUGUGUUCCUGCUCGGAGCGAUCUGUACAAGGGAUGCUCUUCGAUAUGAUUUCUUAAUAGCUGAAAAGGUCUCCUUGGUGGGUUUCCUGUUUCUGCUUGGUCUCUACAUCUCCUCGCUGGCCUCCUGUAUGGGGGGGUUAUACGGAGCACCCCGGAUCCUCCAGUGCGUCGCUCAGGAGAGGGUAAUCCCAGCUCUCGCUUUCCUGGGACAAGGAAGGGGUCCAAAUAAAACUCCAGUGGCUGCCAUCUGUUUAACCAGUAUCCUCUCAAUGGCCUUCAUCUUCAUCGGCCAGGUCAACAUCCUGGCCCCUAUCGUCACCAUCAACUUCAUGUUGACCUAUAGCGUCAUCGACUACUCCUAUUUCUCUGUGGCUAUGAGCUACAAUCUCCAGGCCAAGGAGAGAAAGCAGCUCGUCAGAAAACUCAGCAUCAGGAGGCCACUCAUGACUGCUACUCACCAGUGCUACGGUAGCGACGGCUCCUACCGGAUCCGAAACAACGGCACGCUUUUGGAGUUCACCAAAGACAUGAAUCAGAUUUUCCCCCUGCCUAACUCCGAGACUUCCCAGCCUGAGACACCGCCUCCUUCGGGCCCCAAGGCCCGAAGCAAGAGGUCAAAGGUCACCGCUAAAGAAAUGCUAAUGAACAGCUUUGGGUUAGACCUAAGCGGUGCAACUUCAGCCGAUAGUAAAAAGGGCGAGAACGAGUUAGACCAGGGCAUUCAGCCAGAAGAUGAUGAUGAGACCAGCGAUCAGUCAGGACCAGUGGAGAUGAACAGUGAAGCAGGAACAGAGAGGAAAUCCUCUUUGCCUACAGUUAGCUGCACUGAACUUCACCAGUUACCAACAGAACGCAGAGAUAAUAUCGAGAGCAAACGGAAUCUGGAGGGAUCAGAAAUCCGUCCGAUUCCAGAUUCUUUCUAUGCCAGGUUCUGCAACCACUGGAUUGCUUUAAUUGGCGCAUUGUGCUCCAUUUUGAUCAUGUUUGUCAUUCAGUGGGUCUACGCCUUGGCCAACAUUGUGGUCGCCCUCAUCCUCUUCCUUUACAUUGGAAAAACAAGUCCUGGUUUGCCAACAGGUGCGGCAGCCCGGUUUAGCUUUUUCAGAUGGAUCAAGUCCUCUUUGAGCAACCUGGGCAGGAGGGGACAGGCCCCCCAGGACCAAAUUGUGGUGACACCCUCUCUGUCGAAUGUGGGUGUGGAGACUAAACAGCUGACGGAGGAAAAUGCUGACUUUGCCUCGCGCGGUCGAUACCAUCAUUCUUCUUUUAUUGCCACCACGGAUAGGAUGGUCUGUCCUCAGGCCAACGGAUUCUGA